AUGCUCGGGUGCACGCGAUGGUUGAGAGUGAAUGGUGGAAAUGUCAAUUACAAGGUGGUCAAAUUGGCACUUCGACAGUUAUCAUCAGAACCUAGUCUUACAUAUGGUUAUAGAAAAUCCCAAAUCCAAUCUGGUAACGAUAUAAAUGAAAGUAAAGGGUCAACCCCUCAUUCGAAUGAGCUACCGUCGUCAUUCUAUUAUCCGAGCAUUUCCAGUGUGAGAGGUCAGUUUAAAGACGCCAUUACAUUGCGAAUACCUUCAUUCCGAGAAAAGUUCAAUGACACGGAUUUUUCCGCUUUUGACAAUAAUCGCACAAGAGAAACAUAUAUCAUUGAAGGUAGAAUCCGCUCAAUCAGAAAGUCGGGGAAAGGAAUGUUUUUUAUUGAUGUUAUUCAGGAUGAUGUUCGCUUGCAAGUGAUGGCUUAUAACAAAUUGGUUGGUGUAAAUUUGGCAGAGUUUGAUAAGAUCCAUUCUUGGUUCAAACCAGGUGACUAUGUAAGUUGUCAUGGGUUUGCGUCCAGGACUAAAACAGGAGAAUUGACACUAAAGCUCGGCGAUUCCAUGCAGAUAUUGACUCCUUGUUUGAACAAUAUCCCUUCGAAACUUGUUGACAAGGGGAUCAUUAACAAUCAUAGAGUAAUGAACUAUUUGGUGAAUCCCAUUUCCAAGCAGCCAAUAAUUGUCAAGUCGAAAAUAAUCCAGUUUAUUAGAAAUUUUUUUGUUGAGAGAGGCUUUUUGGAAGUGCAAACUCCGAUUUUGAGCAGUCUUGGAACUGGAGCCAAUGCCCAACCGUUUCUAACGAAAUUUAAAAAUGAGGAUAUACUAUUGAGAGUUGCUCCUGAACUAUGGUUGAAAAAACUAGUCAUUGGUGGGUUUGACAAGAUUUUUGAAAUUGGGUGUAACUUUAGAAACGAAGGUAUAGACCAAACUCACAAUCCCGAAUUCACAUCGUGCGAAUUUUACCAAACUUAUACCAGCUUAAACGAACUAAUGGAGAUAACAGAAACACUAUUUAUUGAGCUAUUCAAAACCUUUAACAUUCCCCUCUGUAAAGAGACCGAGACCGAGUUCGGUGAUGAACUGGGAAUUCAUACUUUUCCUAGAUACGAAUUCUUACCCACCUUGGAGAAGAUAACUGGCAAAAAAUUGCAAGACUUGUCACUUGAAACGUUAAUCAAUUACUAUCAAAGUCUUGGUUUGGAAAUACCCCAAAAUUCUGACUCUAAUUCCUAUUCUAGUUCCAAUUCCAAUUCCAAUUCCAAUUCCAGUUCUAACCUUAAUCUUAAUCCAGCCAAUUUACUUAACAACUUAAGCGAAAUCUAUCUAGAAUCGUUAAGUGUCACAAAGCAUCCAAACGUUCCAGUGAUUAUAUUCAACCAACCAGAAAUUCUAUCGCCAUUGGCCAAGUCUAGAAAGGACAGUAAUUGCAACGGUACGAAUACUAUUCCAGUAUCUUUGAGAUUUGAGCUAUUCAUCAAUGGUAAAGAAUACGUUAAUGCUUAUGAAGAGGAGAACGAUCCAAGUCAACAGUUGAUUAAAUUCAAGCAACAGCAAUUGAACAAGGAAAAGUAUGGGGAUAACGAAAUGUUGAUUCCUGACUGGGAAUAUGUAAAAUCGAUGGAAAUAGGAUUACCACCAACUGGUGGAUGGGGUAUUGGUAUUGACCGGUUGGCAAUGUUUAUUAGUGGCGCAGAUCGAAUAGAUCAAGUUUUACCGUUUGGAAAUUUGAGAGAUGUAUUGAAACAAUAA